CGGCUCUCCCGCCCUCCCUCAGAAGACCGUCCAUUACAAGCAGGCGUAGUGUUGGAAGAAAGGUAGCGGGUUGCAAGGAUGGAAGACAGCAUGGACAUGGACAAUCUGGCUCCUCUUCGCCCCCAAAACUUCCUAUUCGGCUGUGAGCUGAAAGCUGACAAAAAAGAACAUGCGUUUAAAGUGGAUGAUGAUGAAAACGACCAUCAGCUGUCUUUAAGAACGGUUACUUUGGGUGCUGGUGCUAAAGAUGAGCUGCACAUUGUUGAAGCUGAAGGAAUGAACUAUCAAGCAAAACCUAUUAAGAUUGUGCUUGCAUCCUUGAAACCAUCUGUACAACCAACGGUAUCACUUGGUGGCUUUGAAAUUACACCUCCAGUGACUUUGAGACUUAAGGCUGGUUCUGGCCCUGUAUAUGUCAGUGGGCAGCAUCUUAUUGCAUUGGAAGAAGGAUUGGAGUCAUCAGAUGAGGAUGAAGACGAGGAAGAAGAGAAUGCAGGAAUUGUAAAGAAUGCGAAAAGGGCUGCAGCAGCUUCUUCAUCAAAGGUUCCACAGAAAAAGGCAAAAAUAGAAGCUGAAGAAGAUGAUUUUGACGAUGAAGAUGAGGAUGAUGAUGAUGAUGAUGAUGAUGAUGAUGACGACGAUGAAGAUUUGGAGGAAGAAGAAACCCCUGUGAAAAAGCCUCAAGCUGCAAAGCCUAAAUCUGCGCAGAAAUCCAACCACAAUGGAAAGUUAUCUGAACCGUCCACACCUGCUAAACCUGUUAAAACACCUGAACAGAAAGGGAAACGAGAGGCAAAGCAGCAUACACCAAAGUCUCCAAAAACACCCUUUACACUUGAAGAGAUAAAGGCAAAGAUGAAGGGGACUUUAGACAAGGGUGGCGCACUUCCAAAAAUUGAAGCAAAGUUCACAAACUACGUGAAGAACUGCUUCAGAAUGGAUGACCAGAAGGUCAUACAAGAUCUCUGGAAGUGGAGCCAAUUGCUAAAAGAUAAAUAAACUGCCUGUUUCUCUUACUGUUCUCCUCCAUUUCACAUCUUGUUUUAUAUUUGUUUCUUUCUUUGUAAGUAGAACAGAAUGUAUCGGUCUGUUAUGCCAAGAAUGUUCAAUGCCUGAAACUGCAUAUUUUGUACACAAAUGUUUUGUGAAAGUACUGUAAGAUGAUUGGGCAGAUGGUCUAAAGUUCAAACAUACAUGUUUAAAUAAAUCUGUAUUUUUUACUUC